GGAAUCGGAGAACCGACACUUUUGGGAUUUGAAGACUUCCAGCACUUUGAGAGGAGGAAGAUGUUAGAAAUAGGUCAGAAAAAGUGGUAAAUAUACAAGCAAAAGGUUUACAGAGUAAAAUUAGAAACGCAUGUAGACACUUUGGAAAAGAGGUAUGGACACGAACCCACUGAAUACUGAACAAAACGACAGAGAAGCGGCGGCGGCGGCGGCGGCCACAAACUCAGGCAGAAACCUCCGGGGUUCAGGCAGUACCGGUUCCAGCACGGAGACUUUAGACAGUCCUACAGGUGCUCACGUUGAAUGGUGUAAACAGCUAUUUGCAGCCACAAUGUCAAGUCAAAAUCCUGGUGCCGUGACCUCAGAGGCUCGAGACUAUAAGGAUUAUAAUGAUGGAAUUCUCUUGGACAGCGAUGCCCAGCAUAAAGACUUCUGCUUGGCACUGAGGGAUGGCAAUAAACAAGCAAUGCUGGAAGAGGCUCCACGUGUACCUGGAGAGACCAUCAAAGCUAUAGAAAAAAAUGUUAUGUACAUUUGUCCUUUCUCUGGAGCUGUGAGUGGCACAUUGACCAUCACAGACUACAAGCUUUACUUCAAGAGUCUCACUCGAAAUCCUCCUUUUGUAUUGGAUGUAAACCUGGGAGCUAUAAGCCGCUUGGAGACUAUCGGGGUGCAAAGCCACGGAGAGAACACUCAAGCCCUAGAGAUAGUCUGCAAAGACUUGAGGAACUUAAGAUUUGCCUAUAAAAAGCAAGGACAGAGCAAGUUGGAAAUCUUUGAAACAUUAUCCAAGUAUGCAUUCCCUCACUCCCAUGACUUGCCUCUCUUUGCAUUCAAAUACCUUGAGAAGUUUCCAGAAGAUGGAUGGAAGGUUUAUGAUCCUGUCGCUGAAUACAAAAGACAGGGUCUGCCCAAUGAGAGCUGGUUUAUCAGUAAGAUUAACUGCAAUUACGAGCUGUGUGAGACAUACCCAGCCCUGCUUGUUCUGCCCUCUAGCAUUAAUGAGGAUGAGCUCAGGAGAGUCGCUGUCUUCAGGGCCAAACGCCGCGUUCCUGUACUCUCAUGGAUUCACCCGGAGAGUCAGGCAGCCAUAGUGCGGUGCGGUCAGCCUCAGGUGGGCCCUUUAGACCGUCGAUGUAAGGAAGAUGAACGAUACCUCCAGACCAUCCUUGAUGCCAAUGCCCAAUCACACAAACUCUGCAUCUUUGAUGCCCGUCAAAGCAGUGUGGCCAUCACAAACAAAGCCAAAGAUGGUGGCUAUGAGAAUGAGAGUUUCUAUCCCAAUGUAGAAUUGAACUUCCUGGAGAUUCCUAACAUGCACGUCAUAAGAGAGUCCUUGCGCAAACUGAAGGAGGUGGUGUAUCCUUCCUUUGACGAGCAGCGUUGGUUCUCUUCUGUGGAUGCCACACAUUGGCUUGAGUACCUCAGGCUGUUGCUUGCUGGUGCAGUGCGGAUAGCUGAUAGAAUCGAGUCAGGGAAGAGUUCAGUGGUGGUGCACUGCAGUGACGGCUGGGACCGCACAGCUCAGCUCACUUCUCUGGCCAUGCUGAUGCUGGAUUCGUAUUACCGCUCACUGAGGGGCUUCCAGGUCCUGCUGGAGAAGGAGUGGCUCAGUUUAGGACACCGUUUCACCUCACGUGUAGGACAUGGUGAUGAGAAUCAUGCCAACUCAGAGCGUUCCCCUCUGUUUUUGCAGUUCAUAGACUGUGUUUGGCAAAUGACCAGACAGUUUCCCUCAGCAUUUGAGUUCAAUGAGCUUUUCCUCAUUACUAUAUUAGAUCAUCUCUACAGCUGCCUCUUUGGGACCUUCCUCUACAACAGCGAGCAGGAGCGAACCUCAAAGGGGGUGUUUACUAAGACUGUGUCACUGUGGUCAUACAUGAACAGUCAGGCUGAGGACUUUACCAACCCACUUUAUCUAAAUUAUGAACAUCAUGUUUUGUACCCGAUGGCCAGUCUCAGGCACCUGGAACUCUGGUUGAGCUACUAUGUACGCUGGAACCCUCGAAUGAUGCCUCAGGUGCCUAUUCACCAGCAUCUAAAAGAACUGCUAGUUAUGAAGACAGAGCUGCAGAGAAGAGUGAAGGAGCUCCAGAGAGAAGCCUCUUCAUCUCCAUCACUCUCCUCAUCUUCAGAGCUUGGGGGAACAGUUAUGCAAACCACUGUCUGAAACACACAGAGACAUGAUCGACUCAGCAGUAAUUCUCCUUAUUCCACAGUGUUUGCCAGUGCUUGAUAUUGCUUGGUCAGAAAGUGUUGAUUAAUGUUCUAGCAGCUUUAGUGGCUGACAGUAGUAGCCGCUGCAGAGCAACUCACAGGAUUAUAUUAGCACACCCAUUCUAAUACGUUACUAUUUCUUUUGCACAGAGACUUUUUUUUUUUUUUUUAACAAUUUUCAUUGAUGUUUAUGUAAUGGUCGGAGGAAAAAACUGUAACUUUAUAUUUUUUACCAUGGGAGGGUUUUCAGACUUUGUGCCUCUUUUCAGUAAUGACAAGCUAUAUUUUUCUAUUUUAUUAACUUAAUAAGAGAGAAAACUGACUCAUGAGGAAACAGCUGUUAUUACGUAAGAGAUAGAAGAAAUAACUUUUUUUUAAUUGUUGUGCUUUUAAAAAUGUUCAUUAUCACAAAGCUUUACAGAAAUAUGAUACAUUAAGUAGAUUUUAAGUUGCUCAUUGCCACGUAACAGUUAAUGACAAUGUACAGUGUAUGAAACUUACAUUUAAUACUAUGACAUGUAUGAAAAAUAUAACUAUACAUGAAUAUAAAAUAAAUAAUUUCUAAUUAUUAACUAUACAUUAAUAAUAGAGUUUAAAUGUUCUCAGUCUUAAAAUGUUGUGGAAUAAAAGGUAUAUAGCACUUCAGCUUUGCAUUAAUCAGAAAUCAUCAGCUUUGAUUAUCUUGCUUUAUGCAGCAAUAUUAAUAAUACCAACUUAAUUAUAUGACAACCUUGUUAAUAGUGACAUAAACUAUGUUAGUAAAAGUGCUAGAGAUGUGGUAUACCAAACGAAAUUGUAUCUGUUAAAUACACUCAACAUCCACUAUAACACCUGUAGCCUUGCUCAGUUACAACUGAUAUGUAAAGUCUACAAUCCCCCGUUAAAUAAAAAUGAAUGAAUGGAAGAUGAUGAUGCCUGGUCCAAACGCUGUAUAAUUAUAUUACUGGAAACGCCAGUCGUAAGAACAAAUCAUUGUUAAAUCAAUAAAUUAAGCAUAAGAUAGCUUUUUCCUUUGA